AUGGGGAUGCGUCUGGAAGAAGGUGUUAGAGAAGGAAGGUUGUCCAAAGAUGAAGUAUAUUCAAGAAAGAAAUAUGGUGGUAGUGUCUCCAAAAAGAAGGAAGGGGAAACCAACACAGUGUCUGUAGGGUGGCAGAGGAGGCCUCAUGUGAGGGAGAAUGUUAGACCAGGCCAGCAACAUCAUCAGGUAUCAUCAGUUAUUCUUGUUUUCACUAAUAAUCUAGCAAAUCAAUCAGUUCCCGUUCAGCAACAACAACAACAGCCACAACAGCGUACCAACUCCAAUAACAACAAUCAUCAUCAUAAUUUUGAGAGGAACAAGGUCUCUUUUGACCCUAUUCCAAUGAUGUAUGCAGAGUUAUACCCUUCUUUGGUUAUCAAGAAUCUGAUUCAACCAAGAAAUCCUCCACAAACUCCUGAACCUUUGCCAUGGUGGUUCAAGCCAAUUUUGAAUUAUGCUUUUCAUCAGGGAGCUCCUGGACGUGACAUUGCAAACUGUUAUCCUUUGAAGGUUUUUGAUGUUCGUCGUAUUCAAAGAUCGUUGGUGGAGAUUCAUAGGGAUAUGUGCUUGUUUAGUGAUUAUGAGCAUGACCAUGAUGUUUGUGUUAUUUGCAGCGUCAACCCUCGAGGAUGUGUAAUUCUCAAGAGGGAUACUCAGAAACUGAUGGAUGAAAAUGUUAUUCAAAUUCAACAAUCCAGGUAUAUGGGGAAUGAUGUAAAUGUUAUUGUACCAGUGUUCAAGACCCCCGGGCGGGUAGUUAUUCAGUAUGAGAGUAGCAAGAAAGACAACAGAUCGGUAUUACCGUUGGUUAUACGGUUAGAGGUCCCCGUCCCCUAUUCAUCCGAUAAAGAUGUGCCUUAUAAGUACAAUGCUACCAUGAUUGAGAAUGGGCAAGAGGCUCCUGUUCCCGUGGCAAAUUCAGUGGUGAGCAUUGUGAAUGUCGUUAAGGUGACCCGUAGUGGUCGUGUGUUUGGCCCUGUCUCUCCUAAAGUUGUGGAAGAUGUUUCAAUGGGUACGAAAGCAGAAGUUCCUGCAGUUGAUCCAAUUAGCGCUCCAACUUGUCAGUCUGGUGAAUCCAAGGGGUUCAAGGCUAAUGAUGGCGAUGAGUUACUUCGUUUGAUCAUGAGAAGUGAGUUUAACAUUGUGGAUCAAUUGCUUCAAACGCUGUCAAAUAUUUUUAUGUUAUCAUUGUUGAUGAAUUCUGAAGCACAAAGGGAGGCCUUGCAGAAAGUAUAA